CUUCCCUACAGAACUCUGUGGCUGUUCGGAAGGAUGCUUUUGGUGUUGUAUGUUCCAGUUCUCUGGUGGUCUUUUUUACUUUUGGUGGACUGUCAGGAAGUCACUACCUUCACCGUGCAGUAUCAGGUGCUGGAGGAAGCACAGCCUGGGACUGUGUUGGGAAGGCUGCCUGAGGAACUGGGCUGGACCGAAGGUAGCUGGACUGCAGGAUCCUUCCAGCUGCUGCAGCCGUCCGCUCCGCUUCCCAUACAGAUGGACUCUCAGGGAGGGUUGCUACGCACCUUGGGGAGGCUGGACAGGGAGCAGCUCUGCCCUCAGAGAGACCGCUGUGCCAUCUCUUUCAGCGUUUUAGUGGCCAGAUACCAGGCCCUGAUCCAUGUGGAGAUUCUCGUCUUGGACAUCAAUGACAACGGGCCUCAGUUUCCCCAAAAGGCACUGGAGCUGGAGAUACCAGAAAGUGCACUGUUACAGACACGAAUCCCUUUGGAUCGAGCCACCGACCCAGACACCGGCUUGAACGGCCUCUGCUCCUACCUCUUGUCACCCAGCAAGCAUUUUGCCUUGGAGGUCACGGUCGGCUCGGAUGGAACCCAGCAGGUGGAGCUGGUGGUUGUGAAAGAAGUGGACCGAGAGCUCUACUCCUCUUUCCUUUUGACGGUGACUGCUGUGGAUCACGGCCAGCCCCCCAGAUCGGGGACUGCCUUUGUGAGGGUGACCGUGCUGGACUCCAAUGACAAUAGCCCGACCUUCAGCCAGAGUUCUGUGACGGUUGAGAUUAGGGAAGAUGCUUUGCUGGGGGCCCUUUUGGUCAACCUCACUGCCACAGAUCCUGACCAAGGCCCCAAUGGAGAGAUUGAAUAUUCCCUCAGUAAACACACUUCUGCGGAUGUGCUUAAAACAUUUACUAUUGAGAGCCGGACCGGCCGCGUCCUCUUGCAGCAGCGGCUGGAUUAUGAGAAAAAAACGACCUAUCAGGUGGAUGUACAAGCCCAAGACCGUGGCGCUAAUCCCAUCCCAGCCCACUGCAAGCUUUUGGUCCGUGUUCUGGAUGUCAAUGACAACAGGCCUGAUGUUCACGUAAUCUGGGCCGGACAGUCACCAGCGGUGUCAGAAGCUCAGCCUAAGGACAGCUUUAUUGGGCUCGUGGAGCUUUCUGAUCCCGAUUCAGGCGAUAAUGGGAAGGCGGAUUGCCGCAUCAGCCAAGGGGGUGAGCAUUUCUACUUGAGAAGGAUCAAUCUCAGCAGCUACAUGUUGCUCACCAAUGCCCCCCUGGACAGGGAGAGCAGGGCGGAGCAUAGCCUGACCUUGUCAGUCCAGGACCGAGGGGCAGCGUCCCUGGAGGCAACCAGGAAUUUUACAGUUCAUGUUGGCGAUAUCAAUGACAAUGCGCCCUGCUUUGAAGCAAAUCUGUAUCAUGUUUCUGUUGCUGAGAACAGCCUGCCCCCUUCUGCAUUGCUGGCAGUCAGGGCUCACGAUGCAGAUGCAGGCCUCAAUGGGAAAGUCACGUACCGUAUCCCUGACGCAGUGAUUUCGGAGUGGCUGGCUAUUGAUGCUGGCACUGGGGAGAUCUGGAUCCGUACACCUUUUGAUGCGGAAAAGAUGGCCGGCUUUGACUUUAUCGUAACAGCCGAAGAUGCAGGCCAGCCUCCCUUGUCGACCAAUGUUUCUGUGAGGGUCACUGUGCUGGAUGUGAAUGACAACCCCCCAGUUGUCAUACAGCCAGAGGUGAAGGGGGGGAGGGCAAGGGUGACUGUCCUUGUGGACACACACACUGGUCAGGUGCUGUGGCCCGAGGGAGAGGUGGGUUCUGAGUCGGCCCCUUCAGCCAGCCCUCCCUUGCUCUUUGCCGUCUCUGCAACAGACGCAGACUCAGGCGUUAAUGGAGCAUUGCUUUACAACAUGGUGAGCAGCAGUGCGCCCGGCUCGUGCAUCCUUGAUCCCCAGUCAGGGCGAGUUUACCUGAACAGCAGCAACGUCAGCAGCCUGGUGGGCCACGAAUGGGACCUGGAGCUGUCUGUGAGCGAUCGAGGGGAAAAUCCGCUCUGCACCCGAGUCCUGGUGAAGGUGGUGUUUGACAGUCACUGUGAGCACAUGCCGGAUUCUUUCCCUGCGUCUCAGCCCCUCAGUCCCUCUGCCCUCGUUGGGAUUUGCCUGGUGGCUUUGCUUGCUCUCUUCCUGGUCAGUUUGACACUGGCUCUCUCUCUUUGUAAAAGGGAGAAACAUGGCAACACGACAUACAACUGCCGGGAGGCAGAACACGCCUACAGCCAGCAGCAGCCAAAGAAGCCCCCCAAACCCAUUCAAAAAUCAGACAUUCACAUCGUGCCCAUGCUUCAGCGAGGAGAAACAGAGCGACAGCAGCCCGGAUUAGAGACUUCUCAAGAAACUGCUUGGCUUGCCACCCCGGAGAUUCCCUGCCACAUGACCCCAACUCUGUACAGGACCCUCAGGAACCAGAGACAUCCCAGCCUCCUCACCGAGCAGAGUGAGAGAUUUAUUCUUCCUGCCAUGCUUGACGUUUCCAAACCUCGCCAUGCUCAAAAACUCAAAAUCCCCAGUGCUACAGCCAUCCAGCUGACUGAGGCAAGCCCGUGUGUCUCCUCCUGGCCCAAGGAUCUCUUGCUAGAAACAGCCCCACAGCCCCAGGGCAGGCCUGGCCCCGAGGCGGCAGGCCAAGGCGAGUCUUGCAGCCACCGGUGCCUCCUGAGGAGCCUGGUGCGGCUGUCCAUGGCAGCUCUUGCCGAACAAGGCACCGCAGGGCCGCUGCUGACCCCGGAAUCCCUCCCCGUGCAGCAAAUCUCGCAGCUGCUGUCUCUUCUGCACCAGGGCCAAGUUCAGCCGAAACCCAACCACAAAGGCAACAAAUACACAGCGAAGCACGCCUGCUGCAGGGACGCCAGCCCACAGGCUGAGGGGCUUGUCGGCAAGAACGGCUGUGGCAGCAAGCAGCGGGACUUGGCGCUGUUGGAAUUAGGGGACCUCCUGGAUUCGCCGUCAGGGCUGGACCUGGACCAGCUGGCAGAAACAGAUCCGGCCUGGAUGGCCAGGCUCUCUCUUUCCCUCUCCGCCGACUACAAGGCUAACAUUGUCUCUCCAGGUGCUCUGCAGUUUCCAGCCAGCCCGGAAGCCACGGGCAGAGCAGAGCCUCACACUUUUGCGACCUUUGGCAAAGCUGCCGGGGACGAGCCGGCCCCAGCGGAGCCCAAGCUGGCCCACACCUUCCUCACGGAGAUGAGCACCCUGCUGGAAAUCAUUCUGUCUCAGCAGGCCAACGCCCAGGCAGACGUGCCCGUGGGGGGUCUCUGGCGGAAGCUCUCCAUGUGCACCAGGACCUUAGAGCUGGAGGGAGAGGGGGGGAAGGCUGCAACCAGCAAGAUGGUGGUGUGAGGGAAGAAUCCACACACACACACACCAGGCGUGCCGGAGCGGGGGCAGGCACCCGGCUGUGCUGCGGCAGGGAGUCGAGAGGGAGAAUCUAUGACACGCACUUCUUGUGCUUGCGGCCACCUAACGCUAGCCGGGACCCCACCCGGGCAGUUCUGUGCUUUAUGGGUGUGGCGUGGCAGGCCCAGAAGGGGUUUAACUGCACCCUGCCUUGAAUCGGAAAAACGGGCCCACCACUAGAGCUGGGACCACAUGAAGCCAUUUGAAGCACAGAAACAGCUGUGCUCAGAAGCAGAGGAACACGGCCUCUGGGCCAGGCUCUCAACCUCCCGGUGGCUCUCCCCGUCUCUUUUCAACUUUUCCGCUAUAUAACAAUGA